AUGUUGGAUAUCGUCGUACGUCGACCUGGGUUGGAGACUGAGUUCAGGCUUGCUGUAGAUAGGAGUUCAGGCGAUAAGCUUGGUAUAGUUCCAGACCGCAGAGAACCUAUAGACAGAACGUGUCUCACCAUUGCCCGCAUCGCCGACGGUCUCAUACAGAGGUGGAAUGAAAGAUGCCAAGCUUCGGUGGUCAUGGUUGGCGAUCGCAUCAGUGAAGUUAACGGGGUCAAGGGCGAUGCGUAUAAGAUCAUGAACGCUUGCAAGGAGACCAAAAUUCUACGGUUGAGGAUUCGUAGAUACGGUGCGCCCGCCACUGGCCAGAGAGGGCACGGGCGGGUGUUGGCUGAGUCCGCGGAACACGCCGACGAGGGACAGUCUGCACGCAGGGCAAAGGAAGCAGAAAUCGCGCUACAGGCCAAGAAAAACAAGCAGGAGGCCAAGCAGGAGGCCGCCAAGCGCAAAGCCGAGGAGAAGAAACAGAAGGCCAGAGAGGAGCUUGAGCGCAAAGCAAAGGAGUUCCAGCAGAAGGCAAAAGAGGAGAUCGAGCGCAAGGCCAAGGAAACCGAGCAGAAGGCCAGAGAGGAGGCCGAGCGCAAGGCCAAGGAGACCGAGGUGAAUGCCAGAGAGGAGGCCGAGCGCAAGGUGGCGGAGGAGUUGGCGCAGCUGGCGAGGGAGGAGGCCCUGCGGAUAGCCAGCGAGGAGGCGAAGCGGCAGAGUCCAGAGGAGGCCCAGCAGCAGCGCGCAGCGGAGCCAGGCUCCGACACCGACGUGGACAGCGCAUCGGGCGAGGGCGCGGGCGCAGAGAGCGCAGAUCUGGCCGCAGCGGCGGUGACAGGGCCGGCCCUGGAGCCCGCCGGCGGAGCUGCCGUGCCGGGCGAGGGCGCGCCGGCCGUGCCCGCGGCCGCGCCCGCGGGUGCGGGGCUGGCGGCAGCGCUGCCUGGGGCCUCCCCAGAGGCCGCAGGACCGCCCGGGGUCGAGGCAGCCUCCGGCGAAGACGACGUCUUCGGCGGCAGGAUCUCCGAGCUGGUCCGGCAGAGGCUGGAGGAGGUCAGCAGCCGUGCGGAGAGCAAGGCGCGCCACAGGAUGGAGGAGCUGCGCCAGAAGCAGAGGGCGGAGGAGGAAGAGCUGUGCAAGGAGCAGAAGCUGGAGGGCGCGAAGCAGGGCCUCGUUCCCGAAGGACCUGCGCCACCUGCAGCCGAGGGGCCGCCGCAGCUGCCGGAGGGCGCUGAGCGCCUGCCGACCGACCGCCCACGCCGCGCGCUGCCUUCGCCGAGGGCUGCAGCGCCGCUCGCGCCAGCGGGCGUGCCGGCACCGAGCGCGCCGGCGGCCGCGGUGGCGGGCAUGUCGGCCGCACCGGCGGCAGUCGCUCCCGCUGGCCCGCCGGCGCCCAGUCUCGCCGCUGAGGCUGCCUCCGAGAGUUCGGACGAGUCCUCGUCGGAGCUGUCCGAGCACAGCAGCAGCGCCAGCGCGCGGGCUGGACAGUCGCGGGCAGAGGCGCCGCUGCCUGCGGCAGCCCCGGCGCUGCAGCGGCCCCCGGGCGUGUUCGACGACCCGGGGUCUGCGCUCAAGGGGCCCCCCGCGCAGCCGCCCGCCGGCAAGCGCCCGCGCCUGCCUGCGCCGCCGCCGAAGCGGGCGGGAGUGCAUGUGGAGGUGCUGUCGGGCGGCGGCAAGAGGCGCAGGGUGGACCUGGUGGACGCCGACAUGACGCUGGAGCAGCUGCUGCAGCAGCACAACCCGGAGGGCAGCCGCCGCAGCUUCCGCCUCGGCGGCUGCGCCCCGGAGGAGGCCGGGCAGCCCGCAGCGGACAGCGCCCGCCCCGUGCUGCGGCUCCGGCUGGUCGGCUGA